AUGACUUCUGGAGACUUAAGCUCAAUUCAAGUAAAGGCUCAAAUUCAGCAACAUUUGGUUGAAUCUGGUAACUAUGAAUUAAUCUCAAACAAUUUGAGCCAAAGACUCUUGCAGGAAGGCUGGACCGACCAGGUCAAAAGGCUGGCCCAAGAGGAAAUCAACAAUGAUUCAAAAGCUACGUUUACUCAGAUUUUGUCGAAAGUCGAGCCCAAAGCAAGCGAACUUGUCUCUGAAUCCACGAAACAAGAGAUCCUCGCAAAAAUAGAAGGGUUUCUGGCAGAAAUCGUCGACACUGAAUAA